AUGAUAACUGUGACAGAGCUGAGAUUUUUGGCUGAUGCUCAAACAUCUUAUCAUAUUUUGAAGCCAUGGUGGGAUGUGUUUUGGUAUUAUAUCACAAUGGUAAUGUUGAUGAUUGCUGUUCUAGCUGGUGCGCUGCAGCUUACACAGAGCAGGAUGUUAUGCCUUCCGUGUAAGGCGGAAGCAGACAAUCACUGUGUUCACCCACUGGAGCAAGUCAUCACAAAGAUCAACUUAUCAGCUGGUCCCCUUGGAAAAACAAACCAUCCUGCUGGAAUUCAAAAUGACCUCCACAGACAACAAUAUGCCUAUAUCGAUGCAGUGUGUUAUGAGAAACAACUCCACUGGUUUGCUAAAUUCUUUCCUUAUCUUGUGUUUUUGCACACUAUAAUCUUCGCAAUUUGUAGCAACUUCUGGCUUCACUACCCAAGCACAAGUUCCAGGUUGGAACAUUUUGUAGCCAUCCUUUAUAAAUGUUUUGAUUCACCAUGGACAACGAGGGCUCUGUCUGAGACUGUUGCUGAGCAAACCGUAAAAAUGCAAAUACGCAAAAGAUCGCGGCUCUUGACAUCCUCUUCAUACAGUGCUGAAGACGAUGCAACCAAACAGUCUCUGCAGCCAGGAGUUGAGACGACGACAGUGGAAGAUGAUGCCUCGAGUGUUCUAGACAAAAAAGAAGGUGAACAAGCCAAAGCCUUGUUUGAGAAAGUGCGCAGGUUCAGACUUCACGUAGAACAAAAGGACAUUAUAUAUAGAUUGUAUAUGAAGCAAAUUGUGGUUAAAGUAAUAGCGCUGCUCGUAAUUAUUACAUACGUAUCUUAUUUUUUGACGCAUAUAACAUUUGAAAUUGACUGCAUUGUUGACAUUGAAGCUUUUACUGGCUACAAGAGGUACCAAUGUGUUUACUCUCUUGCUGCAAUUUUUAAAGUUUUGGCUACAUUUUAUGUUCUUCUUGUAUUUUUGUAUGGCUUUGCCUGCUUUUAUAGUUUGUGGUGGAUGCUAAGAAGUUCUCUUAAACAAUAUUCUUUUGAAGCCGUGAGAGAAAAAAGCAAUUACAGUGAUAUCCCUGAUGUCCAAAAUGACUUUGCCUUUAUUCUCCACUUGGCAGACCAGUAUGAUCCACUGUACGCUAAACGGUUCUCAAUAUUUUUGUCCGAGGUUAGUGAGAACAAACUGAAACAGAUCAAUCUCAACAAUGAAUGGACUGUAGACAUGCUUAGAAAUAAAUUAACACGAAAUUCCAAGGACAACAUAGAACUUCAUCUUUUUAUGUUGAGUGGGGUACCAGACAACGUCUUUGAACUCAAUGAAAUUGAAGUUCUGCGCUUAGAGCUUAUCACAGAUGCCAAACUUACCCCAAUGAUAACCCAGCUAGUCAACCUUAAGGAACUUCAUGUGUAUCACUCAACACUUACUGUGGAUCUACAGGCCCUGAGUUUUUUAGCCGAGAACUUGGAAAGAUUGCAUUUGAAAUUUACUGCAAUGGAAAAGAUCCCAUCUUGGGUUUUCUUUUUAAAAAAUUUAAAAGAGCUUCAUAUCGCAGGAUCUCUUGAUAAUUACAGUACUACCUGCAUUGAUGGUCUUCAGGAACUAAAGAAUCUGACAUCACUGUAUUUGAAGAGUAGUAUUCCCCGCAUUCCAGAAGUGGUUACGGACCUGUUGCCCUCACUGGAGAAGCUGUCCAUCAAUAAUGAAGGAAAUAAACUGAUGAUCUUAAUUAGUUUAAAAAGGAUGAUAAACCUCACAUGUUUAGAACUGGUCAGCUGUGACUUAGAACGUAUUCCACAUUCUAUUUUCAGUCUGAGUGAACUGCGAGAAAUAGACUUCCGAGGAAAUAAUUUUAAAACAGUUGAAGAAAUAAUUAGCUUUCAGCAUCUACAGAAACUGACCUCUUUGAAGUUGUGGCAUAAUUCCAUUGCCUAUAUUCCACUUCAGAUAGGUGCUUUGGCAAGUCUAGAACAACUCUAUUUAAAUAACAAUAACAUUGAAAUUCUACCACUUCAGCUUUUCCUCUGCAGUAAGCUGCGGGUUUUAGAUUUGAGCUAUAACAAUUUAUCAUUUAUUCCUGAAGAAAUCCAGCUUUUGAAGAAUCUUCAGUAUUUUGCUGUGACAAAAAACAGUGUAAGUAAAACCUGGUAAUUGUUUGUUUUCAAUAGGUGUAACGUUUAAAAUCUGUAUAUUGGGUUGGCAUGAGGAAGUCAGGGCAGCACUGAGGGAGACUCUGCACUGGAGUAAAGGUGAGUAAUGGGGGAAUGAGGGUGGGGAAUAAUAAGGGGCACCUGGAUUUUAGUGUUAGGAAAGCAGACAUGUAUUCCUAACGCUACAGUGUUCCUUUAAUGAUUGAUCCUACCUCCCUCUACUUGUGGUAAGCAACAAGAACAAAAUCUUUUGUUAAUGCUCUUGUGGUAGAAAUAGUGGAAAUUAAUAAAUGUAAUUACAAUAAAAGGAAUGGAGCAUUUUGGCUAUGAAGAAAGGUUAACAAAUUAAAAUCUCUUUAGUUUGGGGAAAACACACAUCGGAGGGGUUAUGAUGAUGAUGAUUAUUAUUAGUAUUAUAAUUAUUGCAAUUUAUAUAGCGCCAACAGAUCCCGUAGCGCUUUACAAUAUUAUUAAAGGGGGGGAUUUGACUAUAAAUAGGACAAUUACAAGAAAACUUACAGAAACAAAGUUUUGAAGAGGGCCCUGCUCAAACGAGCUUACAGUCUAUAGGAGGUGUGGUAUAAAACACAUUAGGACAGGGAAAAAAAGUCAAAUUAGGUGGGAGUGGAGCAGAGCUGGAGGAGAGAGUAGAGUGCUGCCCUUUAGGAGAGAGCAAGAGGCAGGUAUGUGAGGUAGAGGUUAGUCUGGGAGGCCAUAGGCUUUCCUAAAGAAAUGUGUUUUAAGGCACUUCUUAAAUGAUUGAAGACUAGGGGAGAGUCUGAUGGUGGUAGGCAGGCUAUUCCAUAGGACGGGAGCCACCCGCGAAAAGUCCUGCAAGUGUGAGUUGGCCGUACGGGUACGAGCGGCGGACAGAAGAAGGUCACGGGCAGAGCGGACGGACCGAGAAGGGGCAUACCUAUGGAUCUGUGAGGAGAUAUAAGAGGGGCUAAGAUUAUUCAGGUAUGGGUUAGCACUUUGAAUUGAUAGCAUUAUACAAAUCUAUUUGGGGCCAGUACAAACCAUUGUCUAGAAAUUCGUUCAUAAACAGGACUAUACAUAGGACACAAUGUCACUCAUUAAGCUUUAGUCUAAGGCAAAGGAAAGUUUUGGUAUUUUUUGUUUUUACAGUAAGAACAUGAAGGAUGUAGAAUUCUCUGCCUGAAGGGGUGGUUUUAUCGGAAUCUAUACAGAUGUUUUAACAGCAGUUGGAUAAAUACUUGCAAAAACAUAAUAUAAUAUACAGGGGUAUCAUUUUUAAUUAGUGUGGUAAUAGCUGCUUGAUCCCAGGAGACAUCUGACUGCCAUUCUGGGGGUCAAAAAGGAAUUUUUCCUAGUGUGUUGCAAAAUUGGAAGCUCUUCAACCGUUUUUUGGUUUUUUUUUUGCCUUCUUUGGAUCAACAGCAAAAAAACAAAUAUGAGAAAGGCUGUACUUGAUAGACUCAUGUCUCUUUUCAGCUUUAUAACUAUAUGUAAUGCUUCGUAAUAUAUAAAUCACCAAUACAGUUUCUUGGCAGUUUUAAAUACAGCUGGGAUUGUCCUGAGGCUAUUUUGAAGACUGUGCUUAAUUGGGGCCUAGUGCAUCGUUUAUAACGAACACAAUGAGAUGUCAGAUUUAUAAUACCUGCAUAAUGAUGUCAUGUUUAUAAAUAACCAUUUUACUUGCUAGCAUGUGUGUUUAUAUUAUGGUGCUUUGGAAGAACUCCUUGGAAUAAUGUUGAAUAAACAGCUUCCAUUGUUUCUUUACUUCCAAACUAAUUAAUCAAUGUACAGUGGGCUUAUGGGUCUCUGAACCAUAUACAUCUAGUAAUUGAAAGAGACAAAUUUUAAAAAAUACCAUCCAUUAUGGUAUGCAAAACACCACUCUAUCAGUUGCCUGUGACAGGUAUACCUUGAAGGAACCCUGUACACGCUCCAAUCCAUCCUCCUCCCCCCCCCCACCAAUGUUGGGCAGGGAGAUGGGAAGCAUAAUAUCCUCUACAGUUUACACAAUAACUUUUACAAUGCUACAUUAAAGCAUCCAGUUGAACCAGUGGUUUUUAAGCUCUAGGUAAGGACCUACAAUUGGAUCCUGCUGCUAGUUCAUUGGGUCUCUACUGGUUGAAACAGGCACAUUGUACCCCAGCUCCAGACAACUUGCAUAGUUUAAAUUGUCAUCUGUAUCAGCAUUGCCUUUUUCAAUGCAUUGUACACUCCGGUGACAUUGGUAAGAGUCUAAUGACGGAAUUUUGUUGUAUAUUAUUGUACAAUUGCAAACCAGUCACUUAGCUAAUUUUUCAAUGUAAGCAAGGCUUACCAAAACGAUGCAAUUUAAAUGCCUAUCAAAAACAGUUGCAUUUUAAGAUCUUCUUUUACUACAUUUCAAUUUUCUUUAAAGUGUAUUUGCUUUAACCCCUUAAAGACACAUGCCUUAAACUAUCAAGAGUCAAACAAUGACAUUAAUAAAGAUAACACGGUAAAAAAAAAAAAAGUUAACCUUUUUAGCUUGUUUAGCUUGUGUUAACAAUCACAUUUAAAUAGAAGCUAAUACAAAAUACAUGUUUUAAUGCAUAUUAAGUGUGUGGGGGUGGGGAGCAUUUACUAAUAUUUUAAAAAACUUUUCUUCCAAAUCUGUAUCUUUCAUCAACUGCAGAGCGAACUUGUGCAGCUAAUAAAGAUCCACGCCCCCUUUUUUUUUUGCCCAGUGCUUAAUAGGAAAGUCAUCACUCUGCAUUGUCCAGUUAAUGAAUUUAGGACAAAUCGUUCUUGACCAGUCCAAUGCAUCUCAAAGAUAAACAAUGGAUUGGCAAUAACACCGGCACAAUGUCAUGCACAUUCUAACAAGCUAUAUCUGUGUAAAGUGUGUAUAUACAUUUUAUUAUAUGUAUGUCAUUUACACUUGGCUAUAACCAACUGUUUAACUUAUGACUAAACCUAUAAAGUGUAUUUUUAAUCAAAUUAACUCACUAGGGAAUUUUUAUUGGCUCUUUUAUCUUUUUUUAUUUUUUUUUUAUUACGUGCUAACAUAUUCCCCAGUAUUCAAUAGCUAAAUAAAACUGCAGAAGUAUGUUAGGAUAUACUGGGAGAAAGUUUAACCCCUUAAGGACUAAACUUUUGGAAUAAAAGGGAAUCAUGACAUGUCACACAUGUCAUGUGUCUUUAAGGGGUUAAAGCAAAUACACUUUAAUGAAAAUUGAAAUGUAGUAAAAAAAAAAGAUCUUAAAAUGCAACUUAAUACCUGUCCACAUAAAAUAAACCCAGGGACCAGAUCUAUAAAAUACAGUAGAGUUAAUCCAGACGGUAAAAUAAUUUUUAUUUUACAGAGUAUGAAUAGGAUAUUAUGUUAAGAAAAUAGCACUAAUGGAGUGACCGUAAGAAUUGGGUCAGAGCAUGGGGCCAGCAUUAAAGAGCUUUAUAUGCAGUUCGCACAUUAACACAAGGAUUGUUCAUGAUUUUUUUCAGAAAACUGGAGCUGUUACAGCGCUGCGGAAUAUGUUGGCUAUAUAAAUAAUUGCAGUGUUUAGUGUAAGGUGGCAUAUAUCUGCGGCAAUCUACAUUUUACUGCGCUCGAUUGGUAACAGAAUUUCAGAUCUUUUUCAGCCUCUUUUUAUGUAGAAGCACAUAGACUAAUAAGAUUUUUAUUUUAUUUUUUAUAUUUUUUUCUUUCUUCUGUAGAUUGACCUGCUUCCGGAUGGAUUGUUUAAGUGCACUAAACUUCAGUAUUUACUUGUUGGGAAAAACAGCCUGAUGACCCUCUCUUCUCAAGUUGGUGACCUGUUGAACCUCAUUAAAAUAGAACUUAUUGGAAACCAAUUAGAAGCUCUCCCCCCUGAGCUUGAAUCAUGCCAGUCAUUAAAACCGAGCUGUAUUAUUGUGGAAAAUAAUGUGUUGCGCACUCUACCAUCCUAUGCAAAAGAGAAUGGGAAACCACCCCAAAGAUAG